CUGCUGAUGGCCCACCGCUUGACACGCGCCGCCGCGCCCCCGCGACCACCAGCAUCCCCCUUCGCGUGGGCUUCCAAGGCGGUGCGCUUCCUUGUCCGGCCGUCGUUCCGGCUGAAAACGGUGCUCCUGACGCUGGUGCUCGGCAUCGCUGCCCUCGUCGUCCUCGCUAUCAAUGUCGCUCACACGGACGUCGACACGAUCGUUAUCGGCGGAAAGCCUAUAGGCGGCAAGCCGCUGCCUGUGGACCGCAAGCCGACACCCUCUGGUGUACCCGAUCCGCCGAAGCGCAGCUUUGAGGAGCCAAACUUUGCGUUGCUAUCGGCCAAGCCGCCCCACCAGAUUGGCUGCGACGUGCCUCUCAAUGGCACCAACGCCGGGCCGCUCGUCUUUAUCGGUGUCUUCUCGACCAUGUCGGAGAAGGCGGAGAGGAGGAGGAGAAUAUUCCGCGAACAGCUGUUCCCGGACUUCCCAUCAGACCUGUUUACAAUCAAGUUCAUCGUCGGCAUCCCACCCAUGCCACCUAGAGAUAUCCCUUCCAAGGAGAGAAAGGAGAAGCUGGCCGAGCGCCAGGCGGAGAUUGCCAAGGUGGAUGAUGAGAUUGCAGAGCACAACGACAUCGUCAUCCUGCCAAUAAAGGAAAACAUUGACCACGGCAAGACGCACGAGUUCUUCAAGUGGAUUGCAAGCGAGUACGACGGCCCAGGUCAGGUCAAGGGGCGACCACGGUUCGUCAUGAAGGCAGACGACGAUACACUCCUCGUGGCCCCCAAUGUCAUCUCCAACUUUAUCAACCUCGACUGCAGCAAGAACAUCUACUGGGGCACCUCUGCUGGCCGGUCACGACACUUCAACGACUAUUUCCGCGGCCUAGCCUACGCGCUCAGCUGGCCCCUGGUUUCGUGGAUUGGCAACGCCGACAUAGCCCCGGCGCAUGUCCUCAAGAUUGAGGAUGCGCGCACAGGCCAGUGGCUCCGGUCUCUGGACCCUGCAGUCGACCCCAUCACGCGUAUCGAUCUCGGGUGGUCAAUGGGUGACUGGAACCAGCUGGAUAUCACCAUUGCAACGGUAGCAUUACAUUGGAUCAAGCAUGAUGGGUGGAUCAACCUGCGGCGAGAGCAAGUGCUCGACGCGUGGGAGGAAGAAGGGAUCGAGUUCAACCGCUACAAUGGCGUACUGCCCUACUACAGCAUCCAAAAGGGCAGAGUCGUCCCCAAGGCCGCCAAGGAGGAGUAUGAGCGCCAGAGGGAGAAGGGAUGGGAGAACCCGGGCAUGAACGUGCAGGAGGUGUAUUAGUGCUGUCGCUGUCUUGCAGGCGUGCAGAAUGCCAGGUCUGCCAUAGAGAUGACAUGUAUCGGUAUGAGAGGUCUGAGGCUGGAAGGGUCGUAGGCGCCGAGAUGCCGAUCGCGCAUCCGUGCAAGAGCGCAGAAAGGCGCCGAUGUGCCGAUGGCAGCACAGUCUGCCCAUCUACUUUGGACAGGCAGACAAGCCACCGGCAGACCAAACCAGCUUUCGCACCACAGCUGUCUACCACCACCAAGUCUAGCCAAGUUGAAUCCAUCCCUAUCGUACAACACGGUGUAGCUCGCGCAGCUCGCAGCUCUAUCUUAAAGGGGCUUGGAGGGAAGCUGGGUAGGGAGGAUGCCGAAGCGCUUCUUGAUGGUCACGCGGUGACGGGAGAACUUGUCGUCGGGGGAGAAACGCGCGGGGUGGGCCGACUUUGUGGGCUUGCCCUCGGACGUCUUCUUCUGCGGGUCUACUCACCGGUUGCCCUGCGCGUCGAGAGUGUACAUGAGAUGCAUGGUCGGUCGGUCGUGUGGGGUGUCGUGUGGGGUGGUCGGUCGAGGUUGUGUGUGCUGUUUUG